CGCUGACACACGCGAGUGAGUGACUCCUCCUCCUCCCUGACGCCUGCGUGGACCUGAACGCGGCGCGCGAGCUACCCUUCAUGUCCCCAGCGGGUGCGCUAGUAGCCGACGGCGAGGCGGCCUGCGAGGGCAGCGAGAAGGCGGCGAGGAGCCUGCUCGCCGCGCCGUGCGCGGCUUGCAACACCGUCAACGAGGUGGCCAUCCCUGUGGAUGGGGGGCGCUCGUUCACCGUCAAAUGCUACUCGUGCGCCGCGCUCAACCGGCUGACGGUCGACACCGGCGGCGGUCCCAUCGUGGCUGCGCGCACGCCGAGCGACUGGCGCGACAGUGGCGGCGACGGCGAUUCGGCUAGCGCCAGGCAGCAGCAGGCGGCGCAGCCGCGGGGCUCCGCGUCUGAGCUGCUGGCGGCAGGGCUAGCGAGUGUGCCGCUGAAGAAGCGGGCAAAGUCUGCGCUGGCCCUCUCCCUCGCUGCCGGCUCGGAGGCUGCCGCCAAGCGAAAGGGCGGGCAGUCGGCCGCACCAGCAGACCGGCAGGCGCCUCCUCCCGCCCCGGCGCCGGCACCUCCACCGCCACAGCCGGCCCGGACGUCGUCGGCGAGCAAGAAGGUGGUUGUGCGGACGGGGCACGACGUGGUCGCGCUCUUCCAUGACGGCUACUUUUACGGCGGCACCGUCGACGACGCGAAGAUGAGCGACUCGGCCGGCGGCCCGGCGGGCGGUAGCGGGAGAGGCGCCUCCUUCCUCGUGGGGUGGGACGACG